AGCAGACAUUUUUUUCUCUCUUAGUCUCCUGUGUGGAGUCAGUCGUGACUCUUGAGACACAUUUUGCUUCAUCUGAUAUCGAAACAUGUUUCUCACGCAAAGAAAGCCCCAGGGUCUAUAAGAGCCGCCAGGAACCAGCAGACACACACAGGAACCAGGUCUACGGUGCAGACGGAUCCAGCAGACACACACAGCAACACAGCAUGGCUCAGAAGACGGCCCUGAUCGUGUACGCCCACCAGAGUCCGGGUUCGUUCAACGCGGCGGUGCGUGACGUGGCGACGGAGGAGCUGGUGGCGCAGGGCUACAAGGUCCUCGUGUCCGACCUGUACGCCAUGAACUUCAGAGCCAACUGCACGCAGGACGACAUCAUCGGUGAAUUGAAGAAUCCAGAGCUUUUCCAGUACGGAGAGGAGACGAUGCACGCCUGGAUGGAGGAACGCCUCAGUGAAGACAUCGUAGCCGAGCAGCGCAAAGUAGAGGAGGCCGAGUUCAUCAUCUUCCAGUUUCCGUUGUACUGGUUCAGUGUGCCGGCCAUCAUGAAGGGCUGGAUGGACCGAGUGCUCACACAAGGCUUCGCUUUCUCCCUGGAGAAGAUGUACAAUAACGGUGUGUUCAAGGAUAAGAAAGCGAUGUUGUCUUUCACUACUGGAGCAACACAGACGAUGUUCAAGCCGGAUGGCAUCAAUGGAGACAUCAACAUCGCGCUGUGGCCUCUACAGAACGGCACGCUGCACUUCUGUGGAUUUCAGGUUCUUGCUCCUCAGAUCUUCUGGAGUCCGGCUCACUGUCCCGCCGCCGUGCGAACCAUGAUGCUAGACGGGUGGCGAGCCCGAGUAAAAGGACUGUUAGCAGAAAAGCCUUUGACCUUUGCCCCCUGUGAGCUCUUUGACCUCAGCUUUAAGGGGGGGUUCAUGCUUUGGCCCAAAGUGAGGGAGGAGCGAGAGUCGCAGCCGUACGGCAUCACCACUGGACACCAUCUGGGGAAACCGCUGCCGCCGGACAACCAGAUCAGAGCUCAGCCCACCGACGACAGUAAACCAGACUGCACGAACUAGAACUUCUCUGUUAGUAUCAAUAUAUGGGAUUUUAUAAAUGCUUCAUGUUUACUGAAGCUGAAAUAAACAAUUUAAAUAACAA